CCUUCAAAUUAAAAUACCAUCAUUCAAGAAAAGGCCAUAAAAAUCAUAGAUAACAAAGCACUAGAGAAUAAAAAGGACCCAAAAGAAGGGGGGGAAAGCGCUUAGCCAUGGCAGCAACUUCAACAUAUAUGGCUUCAACCCAUUUCAGCUUGUUAAGUUGGACGACAAAGGGAAAGAAUAAACAACUCAAAAGGAGAAACUUUUUCUCAGUUUCAGCACAACAAGCAGAAGUUGACGAACUAAAAGUAGAAAAAGACGAAGAAAAGAAAGAAGAAGAAAAACAAGAAGGAGAAGCAAUGAAGAAACCAAGGCCAGUAGAACCACAAAUAAAUGUGGAGAGCAAGAACAUGAGUAGAGAAUAUGGAGGACAAUGGCUUAGUAGUGCUACAAGACAUGUUAGAAUAUAUGCAGCUUAUAUUGAUCCUGAAACCUUUGCUUUUGAUCAAACACAAAUGGAUAAACUCACACUUCUGCUUGACCCUACUGAUGAAUUUGUGUGGACUGAUGAUACUUGCACCAAAGUCUAUUCUUACUUCCAAGAACUAGUUGAUCAUUAUGAGGGAGCUCCAUUGACGGAGUACACACUUCGUCUGAUAGGUUCAGACAUAGAGCACUACAUAAGAAAGCUCCUGUAUACUGGAGAAAUCCAAUAUAACAUGAAUGCAAGAGUUCUUAACUUCAGUAUGGGGAAACCAAGAGUUGGGUUCAACUACAAUGGCCAAAUGGAAGAUGUAAACCAGUAAAUUCAGAUUGUGGCAAUUCGGAGUAUAUUCAGAAGGAGAAGGCUCACGUUGAUUCAUUGAUCAUGAAUUGGCUAAGGCAAGUGGACUUCUAAAACUCCGUGAAAUUUAUAUAAUCCCUAAUUUUCCUUUCUUGUGUGUAUUGGGAGUAACGGGGAUGAAGUUACGGAUUGAAUUAUGAUAUGAAAUAAUCUAGAUUGAUCAACGGGGUUAAUAAAAAGUAAUAUGUGCUAUUAUAGUGAAUUAAAUAUGACAUGUCGUGAUCUUGAUAUCUAUGUGUAUUUGAUGAAAUACUUUGAUAGUCUGAUUAUGAUUGAGGAUUAUUUGACUUGAUAUAUUCCUCAUUAUUUGUGUGAGCAUGCUGAUUGCAUUGGUUCUAGAACACUAUGAUGAGAGGGACAUGAUUUCGAGGCCGACGUUACUUUCGGCGAGAUAUUGUUAUGUCGAGGUCUUUUUCGACGAGAUAUUAUGAUGACGAGGUCAUUGCUGGCAAGAUAUAUUUAUGUUGAGGUCAUUGACAGCGAGAUAUAUUUAUGCCGAGGUCAUUUCCGCCGAGAUAUUAUGAUGUUGAGGUCAUUGCCGGCAAGAUAUAUUUAUGCCGAGGUCAUUUCCGGCGAGAUAUUAUGAUGCUGAGGUCAUUGCCGGCAAGAUAUUAUGAUGCCGAGGUCAUUUCCGGCAAGGUUGUGAGGCCGAGGUCUUUUUCGCGCGAGAGAUUGUGAUGCCGAGGUCAUUCCGGCGAGAUUACGAUGUUGAGGUCUUUGCUGGCGAUUGCACACAUGCAUGAUCAUUAAGUGUGCAUACACAUCCCUGCAUAUCGAGCUGAAUUACAUCCACCCUCUCACUUCGUUCGAGCUUCCUUUUCAGCCCUCUCACAGGAAUCUUUUAGUUUAUGUGGCAGACUUGAUACUUGUACUUGACUUGGGAUUAUUUGUAUGCUAUGACUUGUGACAUUGAGUUGCGAUUUGAACAA